AUGGUCGCUGCUUUGGGUCAGACCAUUACCGUCGUCAACAAGUCGGGCAAGGUCGUUAGCACUAGCAAGCACCUCGUCAAUGUCUUCAAGGAGGCCAAGUCCGCCUAUAGCCAGCGCAAGGCCGAGAUCCAGGCCGUGCGUGAGCAGGAGCUAGAGCAGCGCCGCGUCCAGCUCGCUCUGGAGAACUACCACAUCGAUGACGACCGCAAGUCCAGGAGCUCGCGCCGCUCCAAGAAGUCGAGCUCCACCCGCCACAAGUCUCAGCACCCCGGAGACAGACCCCCGCUUGAGCGCGGUUACACAGACAGCUUCUAUGCAAACGACCGGGCCGGCAAGCCAGGCUCGUCGCCGCUCAAGAACGAGGUCAGCCCCGAGGAACCGCAGAACCAGCUCGCACGCAGAUACACCGACGGCCCCUUGUCCAUCUUCAAGUCCAAGAGCAAAAAGGAUGACGUCGACAUGGACCUCGCCUACGGCGACCUGCCGCCCCCGCUUCCCGACCAUCGCAGCGAGAACGAAUUGGAGCUGCGGAACCAGAUGAACGGCCUGACCCGCAUGCUAGACGAGGCGAACUGCCUGCAGUACUCUGUCGUAACCAUGAUCGACAGCCUGCAGAAGAACCCCGACGCGCUGGCUGCCGUGGCCCUGACGCUUGCGGAGAUCAGCAACAUUGUUGCUAAACUCGGCCCGGGCGCGCUUACCGCGCUUAAGGGUACUUUCCCGGCUGCCGUUGCCCUGCUCGCUAGCCCGCAGUUUAUGAUUGCUGCAGGCGUCGGCAUCGGCGUUACCAUCGUGGCCCUGGGCGGCUACAAGAUCAUCAAGAAGAUCCAGCAAAGCAGCGAGGAGGCAGCUGCGCUUCCGGCCGGCGGCCCGGUGCGGGCCAUCGACGGCCCUGAGGAGCCGCUUAUGUUGGACGAGCUGCAGCCGCCUGAACUCAGCCGCAUCGAGCGGUGGCGCCGCGGAAUCGCGGACAUCGCCGCCGACAGCAUCGGCACGAGCGUUGACGGCGAGUUCGUCACCCCUGGCGCCGCCGACCGCUUCAUCAAGGAAGGCGUUCUCAACGAGGACGACCUCAAGUCUCGCAGGUCUGCGAGGAGCAAGGCUGCCAAGUCUACGUACAGCUCCAAGACGCACAAGACAGACAAAACAAGCAAGACAAGCAAGACUACCAAGACUGAGAAGACGACCAAGUCGCACAAGUCGGUGAAGUCUUCGUCGACGAUGAGGACAGAGAAGGAGAAGCCCAAGCGCAAGGAGCCCUCGGGCAUUCGCAUGCUGUUCAGGACAGCAACAGCCUGA